AUCAGUCUUUUUUGUGCGCUCUUCAUUAUCGGAGGAAGCUUCUCCGGGCAAUAACACGUGUCCAGUAUUCAUCAAUAUAAUUCCAACAAGCAUCAAUGAAGCGCCAAAUAACCAGGUAACCGUAAUGUAGUCACUGAAGAGAAAAUACCCAAACAAAGCGGAGCACAUAAAGUUGCAUGCUGUAUUAAUCGCCAGUGCUUGCAAGGAGUUUCUUGAUAACCGGAGAGCCCUGACAUAAAAGAACCACAUUAUUCCAUUCAUGAGCAGAGUGAGCAAGAUGAAUGUCAAUCGGAAGACAGCCAGCAAGUACAAGGACGGGAUUCCACUCGGAACAAUCAAAAACGAUUGAGUGGGAUUACCAUCCAUUACUGAAGGCCGUGGAACACGGUAAUUAUUCCUUAUUGGUGAAAUUCCUGGAUAAUGAAAAACGGAAGCGCUUCGGUUUGGAUCGGGUCACUUGGGCUCGUACAAAAUCUGGACAGACACCUAUUUUAGUUCUACUGUGCAAGACCCAGAAAACCAAACCAAAGACGCUGUAUCAAGUUUUACAAAUUUUGCUGGAAAAAUUUAAAAUCGAUCCAAACGCCAUUGAUAAUCAAGGAGACAAUGCGCUAAUGUAUGCCGUGCGGUAUGGUGCAGAUCUCGAAAUCGUCAAACUUUUGCUGCGCAAUGGUGCCGAUCCAAAGCUGCAGAACCACAACCAACUGUCAGGACUGAUUUAUGCAGCUGCUAAAUUGCGUACCGACGUUGUACGACUGAUUUGCCCAGAUUAUCGGGCUAAAACAUGUGCAGCCUUACAACUGAAAUUUAUCAACUUGGAUAUUUGGACUGAAAAAUUACGUCUGAGUCCCAGAGGAGACCGCUUAGAAGUUCCAGCCAUGUUGGAAGGGUCACCCAAACGUAACGUGUUUGCCGAGAGUUCCAAUUCACCGCUGAGUGGAACGCCUAUUAACGGUAUUCGCUUUCGGGUGUCACCAUGUUCACCCGCCUCCAGUAGUAGUCCUCUAUCGAUGGUGGUCAACCAACCUCGAAACUCCGCUGCGGAGACGAGACGGACCAGUGAAGACCGCACGAACACCACAUCGACAUCCAAGUCCGGUACAUGUGACGUGAAUUUCUCAAAGGUCAUGCGGCGCGUCUGCAGCGCAACCUUUGACGUGCGCUUGUUCAAAGAGACUUCCGGUGCGUUGCAGUUCGCACAAUUAACGCACAAUUUAUGUAUCUACCUGGACGAAACGGAUUAUCCGUUCGACAAAACUCCAGAACCCCUGGAGAGCGAACAGGCCGACGUGCUUGGCGACAUUGAGGAAGAAAGCACCGAGCGGGAGCCGCGCCGCACUUCACUGCCGGCAGCUUCGGCUCCAAUUUUAAUCAAAUCACGCUCCGUGGAAGACUCCAUUAAUAAGCCACGGGAUAUGUCGGCGGUAUUGAUUCGGGCUUUGCCUCGGGAAUGUAGAAAAAAUGCAUUACAAGGUGGUCAUUUAAUAGAACGGCAAGGUUCCGCUCCGCAGCUGCAUCUCAAACGGAAACCCCGAAGUACUAGUGAAUCGUCGGAUUCUUCUUUCUGUCCAUCGCCAGUUUCUGGAUUAUCGGUGAACACCGGCCGACAGCACAAUUUGAUGAUAUCACCCUUAGCGGUUACAAAACUGCUACCGAAAUCCGAUUCCUAAAUCUCUGCAAUUUUUUACAGGUCGUGGUUUUGACGAUAUUCGCCCCCAUAUUGUCAAUCGGUUUCUUUUCAAAUUCCACAUCAUUAUUCGUACCGCAUGCAUGCAUAUAAUUAUUAAAAUGUACGUUAUAUUGUAUGCUAUCUGUACUCUUGGAGCCGGUUUAACAGCAUUGUUCUUUAAAUAGGAAUAUUCGUAAUAGUGCAUUGAUAUUGACGUU